GAAGUCUGCCUGCAACGGGACACUGCCUCUUCCAGAAAGCACCUGGCCUUGUUCUGCCUGCUCAGCAUUUUCAUCACCAAAUUUACAAUGUCCUGCUGGCUUUCCUCUGGUGACCUUCGUGAUCGGCUGAGCGUGCCCUACUCUGCACUUUUUCCCGGCUCUGGCUCCAUAAUCUCUCGGACCUCCCUCUUUCCUGGGAAGAUGUUCCUGGUGGGCCUGACUGGGGGCAUUGCCUCUGGCAAGAGCUCAGUGAUCCAGGUGUUCCAGCAGCUCGGCUGUGCAGUGAUUGACGUGGACAUCAUUGCCCGGCAUGUCGUUCAGCCAGGAUACCCCGCACACCGGCGCAUCGUGGAGGCCUUCGGCACUGAGGUCUUGCUGGAGAAUGGUGACAUCAAUCGCAAGGUCCUGGGGGACCUGAUCUUUAACCAGCCUGACCGGCGGCAGCUGCUCAACGCCAUCACUCACCCUGAGAUCCAAAAGGAAAUGAUGAAGGAGACCUUCAAGUACUUCCUCCGGGGAUACCGCUAUGUGAUUCUGGAUAUCCCCCUGCUGUUUGAGACCAAGAAGCUGCUCAAGUACAUGAAGCACACAGUGGUCGUGUACUGUGACCGGGACACACAGCUGGUGCGGCUGAUGCGGCGAAACAGCCUGAACCGCGAAGAAGCAGAGGCCCGCAUCAACGCACAGCUGCCCCUGACGGACAAGGCCCGCAUGGCGCGCCACGUUCUAGACAACUCGGGCGAGUGGAGCAUCACCAAACGCCAGGUCAUCCUCUUGCACGCUGAGCUGGAGCGCUCCCUGGAGUACCUGCCGCUGAGGCUUGGCGUCCUCACAUGUCUGGCUGGCAUUGCCAGCCUCCUCUAUCUGCUCACCCGCUACUUUCUGCUUUACCCCUAGCUGGGCCCACCAAGGCAAGAAGCCCCAGGCCUCCAUCUCCUUGGAGGCUGAAGCCAGGUAACACAUCCUGUUUCCUCCCAACCCCCUCAAAACACUCUUUCUCUCUCUCUCUCUCUCUCUCUCACUCUGUCUCUCUGAAUCUGGGCUGGGCCCCUGCACUGGGCCAGUCUCCCUUUGCAGUGCAUCCUGUCUGAGGCAGAGAAAUAGCCUGCUGUCAGUAGGUGCUCAUACCCACCUUUCCCAGGCCACCUUCCUGCUCUGGCACCACCUACAGAGCAGUGUCCAUACUGGUGCACGAGCACAGCAGCCAGAGGCUGCUAUGAAUUUCUGUGGGCAGGGUGAGGAACACUGUCUCUCUGGCCCUCACCAGUGUUUAGAGCUGGGAGGCUAAGGGUUCCCUGGGCUUGAACCCCCUUUGAGGAUGGGCCCAGUCAUGGCCAAAAACUCUUUAGUGGACCAUGGGAAAUCAUUCUGGACCAAGGGUUUCUACCGUUGAACAGGGUUCAACAGGGUCCUUGGCCAGGAUGCAGUGAGGAUUCCCUUGUGGGUGAUGCUGGAGCCACCAUCCCACCAUGGGACUUCUCCAGUGCUCCCCACCCCCUGCUCACUCCCUCCCACCACUCUGUACUCCUAGCCCUGAACUCUUGGUCCUCCUCACUUACCGCAGUUUCUCCCCUCUGUGCCUUAGCCCUGCUGCUCCCCUGCCUGGAAUACCUUUUCUUUUCUUUUUUCCUACAACUGGCUAACUCCCAGCUUAAGUACCAUCUGAAGCCCCAGGCUGGGUUAGGUGCUCUGGGAUACCACCCCCCCAUGUUUACCUUAAUCCACGGUACCAUCAUCAGCCAAAAGCUGGCCGGUUUCUCCUACUAGCCUGUAAGCCCUUUGCGGACAGACAGGAGCAGUGUGACAUUCAUCUCUGUGUUCCUAGUGCAGAGCCUGGCUCGCUGUUGGUGCUUAAUAAAGUGUGUUGGUCUGAAAUGCCCUGGACCAACCAAAAUUCCCA